AUGGGGAACUGGACGUGCUGUUGCUCGUAUUCCUCGUGUCCGUGGUGGUGGAACACACCGCUCUGGACAAGGAGCUUCGGUAACAUGUGCCGCGGAGGUCACAUGUUUGCUCCAUUGAAAGUGUUCCGCAGAUGGCACCGUCAUGUCAACAUUGCCCAGAAGCGUUACGCCAUUUGCUCGGCCAUCGCUGCAUCAGGAAUUCCCGCCCUUGUACAAGCUCGCGGUCACGUCAUCGACAAGGUUGCUGAGGUACCACUCGUUGUCAGUGAUAAGAUCGAGUCGUUCCGUAAGACCAAGGAAGCUGUGACCUUCCUUCGACGCUCUCACAUCUGGGAAGAUAUUGAGAAGGUUUACGCUUCUAAGCGUACACGCGCUGGAACCGGUAAGAUGAGGAACAAGCUGCACAAGAGAAAGUUGGGUCCGGUCCUUAUCUACGGACAGGAUGCUGAUUGCGCUCGUGCUUUCCGCAAUAUCCCAGGCGUUGACGUGUUGAACGUAGAGCGCCUCAAUCUGCUCAAGAUCGCACCUGGAGGUCAUCUUGGCCGCCUCAUCAUCUGGACCUGA